AUGGAAAUUCUGGUAGCUUCGACGCCUCCAAGGCUUCCCUCCUUCACUCACAUAACCAAGAAAAGCUUCAAGCCUACAAAGUCGCCGCAGAUUCUCAACUGCUCCAGGAAUGUUGGAGAGAGCAAUAGUUUAUCUGGAGCUCCUGUCCUGAGGGAGUCUAGAAGCUCUAGUUAUGUGAAGGUGCAUCAGGACGAUUUGAAAGCCAUUUGUACUGAAAAAGAGGAGAAGCAUAAUGACAUCUUGCAACUAUUUAAUGAAGCUCAAAAAAAUAUUCUGCACUUAAACAAACAGCGCCUACUGGCGAUGGAGGAGCUUGAAAGGAUAAAGAAGGAAAGGGAUUCAAUGCUUGAUCGGUUAGAGCUUUUGGAGAUGAAUACGACUGUUAAAAGAGAUAAACUCACAAUGAGCUCGGAGGUGCUUCUUAGAAUAGAUUCCUUGGUUCUCAAUGGCAUUAUUGGCCAUACCGAGGCAUCUGGUUUAAGAAGGCUAGUCAUGUCUUCAAGGGGUAGUUUGGCAGACGAUUUGUAUGACAUUAUUUGCAAAAACGAUGCUGAUUUUUUUGCUGAGUUGCGUCACUUUUCAACGAGAAGUCAACAGAUUUGUUUUCACAUAAUUCACAUCUGUACGGAAAUGUCACCUGUGGUUUCUGUUGGUCCUCUGGCAUCAUAUAUUACUGGCUUAUCAUGUGCUCUACAGAGAAAAGGAAAUCUUGUCGAGGUUAUUUUGCCCAAGUAUGCAUGCUCGAAACUAGAUGAAGUUCAAGGAUUAAAGGAAAUUGAUGUCGAGCUCUACUCAUAUUUUAACGGUCAAUUACAUGGGAAUAAGAUUUGGACAGGGGUUGUCCAUGGCAUUGGAGUUACCUUCAUAGAGCCUGUUUCUUAUGCAUCCCUUUUUAGCCAUGACAAAGUGUAUGGGUAUUCAAAUGAUUUUGAGAGAUUCACCUAUUUCUCUCGUGCUUCACUGGACUACCUAGUUAAGUCAGGGAAGCGACCUGAUGUGCUUCAUAUUCACAAUUGGCAAACAUCAAUUGUUGGGCCACUUUUCUGGGACGUUUUUGUCAAUCAGGGCUUUGAAGGUACUAAGAUUCUGUUGACGUGCCAGGGCUUUGAAUCCCAGGCAAGCACCUCUUUUUAUUGCCUCGAACAACCUGGAAAGCUAGCAUUAUGUGGGCUUGAUCCGUCUAGAUUGUUUCGAUCUGAUCGACUGCAAGAUAACAAUAAGUCUCAUCUUGUCAACAUUUUAAAGGGUGGAGUUGUUUACUCCAAUAAGGUUAUCUUAAUGUCAUCUGGACAGACAAAAGGCCAGAUCAUUAAUUCAUCCGGAGAUGGCUUGGAACAGACCUUUGGUAUUCACAGGGAAAAGUUGGUGAUUGCUCCUUCUGGCCUCGAUAAAUCAACGUGGGAUCCUUCACGCGACAAUUUAAUACCACAAAGUUAUAAUGCUGAUGAAAUGAAGGGAAAAUUCGUGUGUAAAGCCAUGUUGCAGCGUAGACUGGGUUUACAUGAAGGAACAUCUAAAGUUCUUGUAGGAAGCAUUUGCUCGGAUGUUUUAGAUGUUGAUCUAGAGAAGCUUAAGCCGCUAGUUUGGAUGAUGUCUAGGCGGGGAGUUCAGUUUGUUUUCAUGGGAUCUAGCCAACUUCCUGUUAUCAGGAGGGCCUUGAAGCUUUUUCAGGAAGAAGUCAGGGACGAAAAUGUGAGAUUUAUUGAUGAAUAUGAUGAAGAAUUAUCGCGUCUGAUAUUAUCAGGAUGCGACAUUAUGCUAUGCCCAUGUUUUGAUGAUCCUGUUCUCCAAGUGCCUCUCAAGGCCAUGAAAUAUGGAGCAGCUCCUGUGCCUAUAAACUAUGCUGACAGCAGAUUCAGGAACUUUGGCGAUGAUAGUGUUGAGGGCACUAAAUUCUCCCAAUACAUCAAAUAUACCUUUGCCAAUAUGUCUCUUGGCCAAGCAAUUGACGAAAUUGAACACAAUCCAUCACAAUGGAUUACAAGGAUAUGCGAUGCUAUGAAAAAGGAUUUCUCAUGGGACUCGGAGUGUGCAGAUGUGCAUAUUUCUGCAUAUACAGCAGUUAGAGACUUAUAA